AUGAAAGAAUCAAACUGUCAUAUUCUUCUUAUUCUUGACAAGGCCUCUACACAUGUUAUUGGCUCUCUUUCUUUUUCCAAUAUGGAAGUUCUUUUCUUAUCAUUCAAAACAACAUCAAAAAUCCAACCCAUGAAUGCUGGUAUUAUUGCAUCAUUCAAGCUCUAUUAUCAUCGCCUACAACUUCAGCAUGCAAUUGAUUUGGAUGAGGCUGAUGAAAAAGCUAUCUAUAAGGUGUCUUCUGAAACAAUUAAGCAUUGUUGGGCUCACACAAAAAUUGUAACACCACGUAAUGAAGCCGGAUUACCUAUUUCUGUUCAUUCUAUUACUAAUGCUAAUGAUUCCGAAAUUGUAGAGAAAAACCUAGCUGAAGAACAAGAAUUAGUUGAAGAACUUCAACAUCAAAUCGAUGCAUUACAUAUUCGUAUUCCAAUGUCAUUUACUGAUGAAAACUUUGUUCAAGGUGCCAUGAAAAUAGAGCAAGAGGAAGAAGAAGAGAUGGUUGAUGAUAGUGGCACAACAUUAAAAUCUCUUCAUAAAAUACAAACCCAUAUUCGUGAAGAGGUUCGAAGAGAACAAAAUGAAAAACAG